UAACUAGUAGUAUAAAAUUCCCGUCGAUCCUUCUCUUCUCGGAAAGACGACCGCUAGAGCUUAUCGUGGAGCAUUUGAGUUGGAGCAAACUGAGCAACUACGAAGAUGAGUCCAAUCUCUGUAUCGAAAGCUGCUGCAAUCUUCUUCUUCUUCGUGGCUCUGUAUCCCUCAGUUCACGCGAAGAAGUCCGGUGAUGUAACAGAGCUACAGAUUGGCGUUAAGCACAAACCCGAGACUUGCGAAAUUCAGGCACAUAAGGGGGACAAGAUCAAAGUACACUACCGGGGGAAGCUCACCGAUGGCACUGUAUUCGACUCCAGCUUUGAAAGGGGCGAUCCCAUUGAAUUUGAGCUUGGCAGUGGUCAAGUUAUCAAAGGAUGGGACCAAGGACUAUUAGGAAUGUGUGUAGGUGAGAAGCGGAAGUUGAAAAUUCCAUCAAAGCUCGGUUAUGGUGACCAGGGCUCUCCCCCAACCAUUCCAGGUGGUGCAACAUUGGUAUUUGACACGGAACUUGUUGCAGUGAACGGGAAGACGAAGAGUGGAGAGGCUGCAUCUCCAAAAGAUAGUGAGCUGUAGUUCUAUAGAAUGUUUACGCGACAGGUUCUUCUUUAACUGUUGUCAAUUUGGCCCCUUUCCCACCAACCAGAGCUGGUGAUAGACAAUUAGACGUCUUGUUUUCGAAAUGAAAAUGGGUUUGGUACAUUAGAGCGCUAAUUUCUUGUUGCCAUUUUCAUCCUGAUUGUCUCUAGCUGUUUGAAUUGGGCUGCUUUUCCACUUGUUGGGGUUUCUUCUGAUUCAGGCAUAUGGAUUCCCCACCAGAGUUACCCAUGUCCCAAGCGAGAUCAGUUGGAUCGAUGUAAUGCAUCACAUUGCGGAGUAUCUCAAUCCCAAUUGGUCUUACCGUAGACUGUUUGUUAGGUGAAGUACCCAGAAAA